CUUGGAUCUUGAACAGGCUGGUGUCUGUUGGACACAUGACACAUGGAAGUGAAAUCUCUUGAACUGUUGCAGAGACGUUCAUGUUCACUCUGGUCAGAUGGAUAAAACUGAGAGAACACUCUUCAGACCGGGGCCAGAAACCAGAGCUACAUAGCCAGCAGCGGUUUUGCUGUUGACAGAUUGAAAAGCAAGAGGGAAGCUUCAGUGAAUGGAGACAUCCGGAUGAAAUAUCACAGCUCAAAUUCUGAUUUUUGCUGAAUUUGCUGACCCAGAGGUUGACGCACUUUGGUGAAUUGAUACAGAAUAAGCUCUUCUAAAGGACAAUCCAGGCUCCUCCCUUCAUGCACAACGUCACCCGAUCCCGAUCUCUCUCUCUCUCCCAAAGCGUCAGCGAUAGUCAGCAACACACACACUGUGGUGGCGGAUCAGCGGGGCGGUGCGCAGAGCAGAGCAGAGCAGAGCAGAGCGGGAUAAAGCUACACUGUGUCUCAUCCACACAAAACAGGAGCGAGGAGAGGAAAAAGGAAACACAGAACCAGAGGAGGGAGCGCAUCCGACCAUUCCCCGCACUUUCCAGCAACUUCACCGGGGCCUGGUGUGUGCUGAUCUCUCCGGCUUGGGACAACCGGGAACUUAACGGGGAACUAAGACAAAAAAAAAGCGGGACGGUGCCGGCAGAUUAUUUGUGUCACACACACACACACACACACGCAAUCACACGCAUUAAGAAAAUAAAAAAAGCGACGUUUCCCUCCGGAGCAACUGCGCGACAGUUGGGAACUUCCCAGCGCAGCAUCGAUCGAGGACCUCCCGCCCACCUCACCUCCGAUACACACGCCUGGAAAAGGAGGGAGAGAGAGAGAGGGAGAGAGAGAGGGAGAGAGAGAGAGAGAGAGAGGGAGAGAGAGAGAGAGAGAGAGAGAGUCCUGCAGCCGCUGCGGUGGAUGGAGCAACAAAGGCUGGAUGGUGAAACGAGUAGAGCCGCUCUGAUCACAACUCUCCUUCCUCUGCUCGCCUGAAAGACUACCCCCGCUCUCCCGCAGCACCGCCUGGAUCUCAUUUCUUUCUGCUAGAGGGGGGGAGACUCUUCCAGGGCAAAACUCUCCCUCCAGACGUGAAAUUGAUGCUUUGGCACGGAGGAGAAGCGCACCGAAAAGUCUCCUGCUGCCGCUGCUGGUGCCGCUCAGUGAGGGACGAGGACUAGUUCUGGGGGCGCCGAAGUGGGAUUUUUUUGUCUCUGCAAGAAGAAGAAUAAGUUACAUGCUCGGUGUUUGUCGUCUCGAGUGAGAGAGCCCCCCUCCCUCCUUCUGUUCGACCACUCUCAGGUUAUCACCAGAGGAAGAAAUCCGGAUAGUUUUUAUUUUUUGUUGUGUUUUUGAGGGGAGAGCCAUGGCGAUGUGUGUGGGGAUGUGGAUACUCCUGCUGGCGCUGCACGUCCAAGGUGGCACCGGACAGAUGGUGCAGAUGGACUCCAGUAAGUCUGGCUUCGUGGGUUCACAAGUGGAACUGCGCUGCAUUUUCAGCAACAGCAACCCGCCGGUGAAGAUCUCUCAGGUCACCUGGCAGAAGCUCCUCAACGGCACCAAACAGAACGUAGCCAUCGCCAACCCAGCGCUCGGCGUGUCCGUCCUGUCGCCCUUCAAGGAGCGGGUGAGCUUCAAGCAGGCGGCGGUUCGUCACCGCACCCCCUCGCUGGAGGACACCACCAUCGUGUUCUCCAACCUGCAGCUGUCCGACGAGGCCGCCUACAUCUGCGAGUACACCACCUUUCCCGCGGGAAACCGGGAGAACAUGGUCAACCUCACUGUGUUCGCUCGGCCGAUGACACGUAUGACCUUGACAACACCCACGAUCGUGGCCAGGGCCCAGAAACGCAAGAUGACCGUCGCCACUUGCGUAUCGGCCAACGGGAAGCCCCCGAGCGUGAUCAAGUGGGACACCAGGUUGAAGGGCGAAGCCACUUUCCAGGAGACCCGCAACCAAAACGGGACGGUGACGGUACGGAGCAACUACGUGGUGGUGCCGAGCCGCGAGACCCACAAACAGAAGCUGACGUGCAUCGUGUCGUACCGGAAUGAGAAGAUCACCGACAGCGUGGUGCUCAACGUGCAGUAUGAACCUGAGGUGAAAAUCGAGGGCUUUGAUGGAAACUGGUACCUGAACCGUCCCAAUGUUCAGCUGACCUGCAGGGCCGAUGCUAACCCCCCUGUCACCAUCUACCAGUGGAAACUCUUGAACGGCUCCCUUCCCAGCAAUGUGGAGAUCAAGAACAACACUCUGUUCUUCAAGGGGCCCGUGACCUACGACCUCGCCGGCACGUACGUCUGCGACGCCACCAACGGCAUCGGGACUCGCACGGGCAUCGUGGACGUCAACAUCACGGACUUCCCUAACGUCCCGACAACUCAGACCCGAGAGAUCCCUCAGGAGCAGCACAAUGCAGGCGCCGCCAUCGGGGGCGCUGUGGGUGGAGUCGCCCUGUUGGGCGUGGCUGCCAUACUGCUCUUCAUAUUCCUGCGCCGCCGCCAGCGCACCUUCAAAGGAGACUACAGCACCAAGAAACACGUGUUCGGGAACGGGUACAGCAAGGCCGGCGGCCUGCCCGCCCACCCUCCCAUCCCCAAGAACCUGCAGUACCCUGACGACUCGGACGACGAGAAGAAACCCGCCCAGAUCGGAGGCACCGGAGGGUUUGAGGCAAGCGACCGCGAUUUUGACGGCGAGCAAGAGGACCUGAAGAGGCCCUAUUUCACUGUGGAUGAAGGAGAGAGCCGAGAUUAUGAUGAGCGGACUCUGGCUUUCCAGUAUGACCCUGAACCUGAGAUAGCCGAUGAUAUGAUCUCUCAAACCGACGGCUCUGUCAUUUCUAAGAAAGAGUGGUAUGUGUAGUGGCAUGCAACAACCAAACCAAACAACCCUUUGUCCCCCACCUGCAUUCCACUGCACCCUUCACCUCCAUCACGCCCCCACCCUCCCAUUCGUCAAACUGCACCCUUCACAGUCACAGUCCUCUUUUGGUCAACCUAGUACCCCCUUCCCCUCUUGACUCCCCCACCCCCCACAUCAGACCCCAUCCAACUAAUCUCAUUUAGAAAAUCAAGCGUCUAUUUAAAGUGCUAGCAACAUCGACUUGUCAACACAACAGCAUUGGUAUCAGUUCCAUCAGGUGAAUGGGCAAAGAAUACAAACUAAGGUAUGUACAUGGACUCGUUGUCACUGAACUACGAGGCCAGCGAGGUGAUCGGUUGAUUAAUACUGGUGUAAUAUUCCUUUUGUGUAUUUUUUCAUGUUAUAAAUGUAUUAAAUGUAUAAAGAGACUGCUGGUUGAGGUUUUGCUGAGCACAUUUGUGAAAGUCCUACACUGGAUGUGCAAUUUGUUUUUGUUUGUUUAGUUUUUUUUUUUGUUUGUUUGUCUUUUUAUUUUUCCAUUAUCAUUGCCGUUUUGUUACUUUUAUAAAAGUCUUUUUGUAUGAUUUUUAAGUGACCUGAGAAUUGAGAGUUUAAUGUUUGGAAUAAUUACAGGUGGAGUUCUAAGUGUUUGUAAUUUUGUGGUCAAAAUGUUGCAGAGAAAGAAAAGAAAAGAAAACAAAAAAAAAAAAAAGAAAUACAGGACCUGUAUCAUUUCUCCUGUCUCUUACUGGGGUUAGCGGUCAUGAGAUUAUUCAUUUUUGUAUAUCUACAGCGUUAAAAGCAGACAUGUUAUUGCUGGUUUCCAAAGACAUGCUUAGUAUUCCUUGACACCCUCCCCCGCCUGUGUUUAUAUGCCUGAUUAGUUUCUUUACUGAGAGGGAGUCGGUCUACUGAGCCAUUUGGACAUGGCAAUAACAGUUAAAAGCGAGUGUUUUCAAUUUUUUUCUCCUAAAUUUCUAUCGCAUUAAAAUGUGUUGCCACAUCAGUGAGUCAGACUAAACAGGGGGGAGGGGGUAGAGAGAGAGAAGGGCUGCAAUCGUAUCACACACGACAACUUCUGUUUUUUCAGCUGUGCAUCACAGUCACGUCCCAAAAAAAAAAAAAAAAAAGAACAAAAAAGAGGUCGGGUGAGUCUCGGUGUCCACAGAAACCUUUAAUAAUGCUCUGAAAUGUCAUGAUUGUCUCUUGACUUGAACAGAAUGGCCUGUGUGUACGAGCUCUCCAUCUUACCACUAUAAUGAAAUGUCCAGUUUUUUUAUGUGUGUGUGUGUGUGUUUUCAGUUUUCAUAAUUGUGUUUUGUUCUCACACGCCUUUUUAUCAAAUGGAUGUCAGAUGAGAAGUGUCGGUGGGCGAUGGGGGGGAUCUCCUGGUGAUGACUCUGUCUCUCCUCAUUGAUUUGUGUUGACUAUGUGCUGAAGAAAUUGGCUGAAGCGUGCCCGCUCACGCCAACAGCGUUUGCUAUGAGGAGUCACCAAUGGACACAAAAGGACACAGAUAGGAGGAAAAAUGUCAACUGAUGCUUUUAUUUACUGAGAAAACAAACAUUUGUGAGAUGUAAAGGGAAUUGAGAUGGUGGCCGCGCUGGAGUGUGAUGCGUCACCUGCUGCUUUCAUGUUUUUGUUCCAUCUCUUUCUUUCUUUCUAAAAUGAAUUUCAGUAGCUGUGUUGUGGGGGAUUUUUAAAAAGGAUUGAACGGUUGUCCUUCCCCUGAUGUUGGCAUCUGGACACGCCAAUAAGGAUACAAUGACCCCGUCUGAAGGCAUUACAAUAUAUCUGGCUUUUUUUUUUUAAAAAUCGCUGUUAGCGAGCGCCAGUGGAUGCUACUGUAGCGUAGCAAAUUACUUGUUUUCUCCUCAGCUCUGAGGUCCAUAACACAAUCAGCCAAAUGCAUUCACUUCAAACGACAACAACAACGAAAUAAAAAAAAUAAAAAAAACUUCAGCGCGAAAUAUCGGAUAAAAACAGAAGCAAAGGACUAAAAUCCGUGGACACAAGCAGCAUUUCUGACUGGCUCUGAUCGAUAUAAAUACUAUAUAAAGCCUUAUUUUAUGCAUGUUUUUUUGUGUUGGAGUGGAUGUGUGUGUUGCUAUUUUUUCUGUAUCAAUUCCAGUGCGUUUGUCCUCGUUUGCAGCUCAAAAGACAGCACUUUGUCUGUGUUGUCGGUAUUGACAGAGGUAUGAAUUCAUGGGCACACAAGUACCCAGCCAACAAUAUUGCAGUUAACACACAAUAAGAAGUAUAUAAAUAUAUCUAUAAAUAAUGAUGAAAAAAAAAAUAGCGUCUCCGUCGAGAGCAGCUCUCUCCGGAGACGUGAAUGUUUUACAGUCCAUGCUUGUCUAACUGUAUGUUUUUUUUUUUUCAGAUGAGCAUGUUAAUCAUGAGCCUCAAUUUAUUAUCGUACCUUCGACACAAAUCACGAUUUAGAAAGUGGAAAAAAAAUGUCAUGUUCUGAUUUAAAGUCUGUUGAUUUCAUAUCUCAGUUAAUUUUUCUACUACAGCCUUAUUUCUGUAUGUGUUCGGUGUUUUUUCCACUUUGGUUGGAGGAUAACACGUGGGGGUUUAAAACGGAUCGUUUCAGAGAGGGAGGGGGGGAAACUAAUUGACCUGCCGACGAACUGCUUCGCUGUAGCUUUUCAAAUCCCCACUAUAAUCGCGGCAUUAUAGAGAGACAAACGCGUGAGAAGCCUGUUUUUAUCUUUUAUUCUUGCAUUCAGUGCCUAUGAAAAAGUUCCGGAGACGUGAGGUAGUCUGAACAGUUGCUGCUCCAUCGUUUUAAGUUAUUCAUGCCAUAGAAUAACGUGAUGAAUACUAAUGAGAUGUGACAUGGGCUGCAGAUCACACUGAUAAUUGUUCUUGCAGUGUAAUUUUUAGUUGUUACCGCGGGGAUACGCGCUCCAGCACAAAACUAACGAUGUGUCUGUACUUCUGUUUAAAGCAACAGAUCUCUUAUAAGCUGCAUUUAUUACCAUUUUAACAUUUAAAGGGACAGUUCACCCCAAAAUCAAGGAUUUGUAUUUUUCUUUUCCUUGAAGCUCUGUUUAUCCAUCUAGAUCGUGUUUUUGAGAUGCAGCUGUGGCGAUGUCCUCCCUGAUUAGAUUCUAAUGGAACGAGACGGCGCUCAGCUUGUGGUGCUCAAAGCGCCAACAAGAUAUGUUUUAAAAACUCAACAGCGAUGUCUCUACUUGAGAUAAUCCACAGACGUCAUUGUGAGCGGUUUCACGCCAGAGCUGUUUUCCUUCCACUGAACUACAUCGGAGAUAAUGUGCAUCUACUCAUGAAAGAGAGGCUCAUGCUCAGGACUUCGCUGGACAUAAACAUUAAAUGAAACUAAGCGUCCUCCACAGCUGAGCUGUAACAUUAGCUAGCUUAGUUUCUUUAAUAAGCUAGCCGCUUGAGAAACAUAGAUAAAACUAGAUAACUUGUACAAGAACAAUCCAGAUGGAUAAACAGCACCGCAAGUAAGACAACAAAAUUUUGUAUUUUUGAUUUUCUGGUGUACUGUCCCUUUAAUAAUGGCUAAAUGGUGACACAGCACAUGUUUUUUUUUUUUUUUUUUAAACUUUUACUGGAAAGUUGACAUCCUAACUCGGUCACGUAACGCUGACCUUUCGAAGCACAACGAUUGAACACUAAUCAAAUGAAAAGAGAUUUAACUUGUAAAUUAAAAAAAAUAAAAAUGCAACUUUGGAUCAACUCUGCCCCCCUUUUUUAAAGCACAACUUUUAAAAGUUUCAUCUCACUGAUUUAUUUUUUUUCCCCCCUGCAUCCAUUUAUAAAACCACUGCCACACUCGCUUCUCAGACAGACAUGUUUGGAGGAAGACAGACCUUUCAGAUUUGGAGUUUCCUGUAUUCUGGUUCGAUGUAAACAUUGUCUUCAUGUUGUCGGGGUGUUAUGAGUUUCUAUUUUGUAAUACUGACUGUAACUUCAUUCCAUCCUAAUCUACUUUUUUGUAUUCAGUAUGUUCAACAUUCCACUGUAAAUACUGUACAUAGGGUUGAGAUUCUAGUCGGGAUUUAUUUAGGGACAACUGCGUAGGGACUCCGUUCGUGUAAAAUAUACCUAUUUUGACUGCAAACAUAGAGACUCAAUGAUGGCUAGACGACGUUGAUGCAUAGCUUAUUUCCAAAGUCCCACCUUAAAAAAUGCUCCUCCGGUACGUUUUUAAUAUGCCACUAGCGGCUUCACUGUCAUACAAAGGGGUGAUGCAUACGGUUUGUCGAUUUAAUGUCAUUGAAAGAAAAAUCAAAAAGAGAGAAAAUUGUCUGUAUGCAGCCAUGUGAAUGUAUAUUUCUGAGGGUGUUACAAAUAUGAAAAAAAAAAAAAUCUAUUGUUCAAUUGUGAUGACCCAGUGAAGUAACUUGUAUUUGUUUUAAGCAUUAAAUGAGUUCAAUAGUCAA